AUGGCCACAGCUUCUGCAUUCACAGAAGUGCAACAGGAUACUACAUGCUCCAUCUGCCUGGAUUAUCUGAAGGUCCCCGUGACUGUGGACUGUGGCCACAACUUCUGUCACAGCUGCAUCACAGGCUACUGUUCGUCCUGGGAACAGAUGGGGGAGGACCCGACCUGUCCCAAUUGCAGAAACUCCAUCUGGAAAGAGAACUUCCGGCCGAACUGGCAGCUGGCAAAUAUCGUAGAAAAAAUUAAACUCCUGCAGCAAAAGCAGAAAAACGCAGACCUGUGUGAGAAACACAAGGAAAGGCUGGACCUGUUUUGCAAGGAAGAUGAUAAGCUGGUCUGCUGGAAGUGCAGGCGCUCCCCAGUGCAUAAAGCACACACCGUGCUUCCCAAGGAAGAGGCUACUGAGGAAUACAAGGAUCUGCUGCAUUGUCAGCUGGAGAGUCUCAAGAAGGAGAAAAGAAAAGUUAAAGAACAUAAAGCAGAGGCAAAACGGGAAAGCCAGGAGUUGCUCAGGCAAAUAAAAGCAGAAUCGGAAAAAACAGUGGAUCAGUUGAGAAAAGUGCGGCACUUUUUGGAAGAACAAGAGAAGUUUUGGCUGGCCCAGGUGGAAGAGGUGGAGAAGAGGAUUAGAAGGGAAAGGGAGGCGUACCUGGCCACGCUCUCCGGAGAACUCUCCUCUCUUGAGCAGAUCAUCAAGGACAUGGAAAAGAAGAGUAGGCAGCCAGAGAGUGAACUCCUGAAGGAUCCGAAAGGCACUUUGCAACGGAGUAAAAAGACCUUGGAGAAUUCAGUGGCUGUCCCUCUACAGCUGAAGUUCAGGAUCUCUGACUUCUGCGAUAUAAAUUACUUUGUGGAGGGAGCCAUCAAGCAAUUCAAAGCUGCCAAUGUGACCCUGAAUCCACACACGGCUCAUCCCAAACUCGUCCUGUCUGAAGAUCGGAAAAUCGUGAGGAUAGAAGAGAGGCCACAAAAGCUGCCCAACAAUCAGGAGAGAUUCGACAAACAGCAGUUUGUGCUGGGACAGGAGGGAUUUGCAGAAGGAAAACAUUUCUGGGAAGUCCAUGUGGGAAGUGGGGGAGACUGGGCUGUGGGGGUCGCCCGGAAGUCCAUGAGGAGAAAGGGCCGGGUGGAACUAUGCCCUGAACAAGGAAUCUGGGCUGUCCGGUACUAUGCAGGGGCACCGUUGGCUUGGCGACCUGGCCGUUAUUUGAAAGGCACGUACUGGGCGGCGCACGCCCCUAAUUCCUAUUCUCUGUCCGUGAGUGGGGAGCUGAAGAGGAUCCAGGUGUGUCUGAGCUGUGAUGGGGGGCAGGUGGCCUUUUAUGAUGCUGACCAAGGUACCCUCAUCCACACCUUCUCUGGGGUCUCGUUUUCUGGAGAAACCCUUUUGCCCUUUUUUUAUAUUUGCAAAAAAGGCUACCUCAGGAUUUCUCCGUAA